UAUGAAGAAGUGCGGUAUUUCCUUAAAGUGAUGAUGUGGAUCAACAUGUGUGUCUGCCUUCCUUUGACAAUACUGAUCGUCAGCUGUGUGUUUUAUGUAGUGCGAAGAGUUAAGGUCCCCAUCAUCUCUUACACAAACCUCCUCAUCUCCAAUCUAAUCCAGAUGUGUAUAAUGAUUGCUUGGGUGGCAAGAGUGGAAAGAAGCAUCUGUGUUAUGAUUUACAUCUCAUGUGCUAUGGCCAGUCUUUACUUCAAGAUGUGCAUCGCUUUGGAAAGAUAUUUCUUCUUUGCCUACCCACUGUUGGACUGCCUCAGACAAACGAGGAGUUCUGUGCUGGUCUGUGUCCUGGUCUGGGCUUUUUGUAUUGUCAGUGUUCCUCUUGCCAUAAUCUUAGAAGAAUUUGUACGUAUAAUUAUUUAUGCCUCCCUUCCUGCCCCUGUAUUCAUCUUCUGCUUAGCUCGGACUUUCACAGCCCUGCCUGCUGCCACCUCAGUGCCCACUGAAGACAAACGGAGAAGUCUGGGAACUUUGGUUCUGUUGUUCUUUAACUACUUUGUAAUGAUUGUGCCCACACUGAUCCAUCCAAUUUUAGAGUACACAUUUAGACCUUUUUUUAGUUCCAUUCCAGUUUCAAUCUUGUUUCUGCUUUGUCCUUUUGUGGACCUGAUUUUGUUCUUUUUCAUGCGGAAAGGAUGCAAAGACAAGCUGCUGGUCUGUCUGUGCUGCUGCUGUAUGGACAACACUGUAUCAGACGUAGCAGCUGAUGAUUAUUGUGACUGAUGGGAAUACGACAAUCAGAGUUAAUGCAGCCAAAUGGAGUCAAAUGGAAAGAGAACAGGGAAAGAGAUUCAGAGGAAAUAAUCAAACAAAAUCCUUCACAAAUAUUACUUAGUGUUGGUAUCAAACAGCAGAUAAAUACCAAGAAU